UUUCGCCACAACAACUCCCUCUGUGUGAAUAUAAUCGAAGUUUUGCCUAUUUUUUUACUUCGGAAAAUUAUAACGUGAAAAUUUCUGAUUCAUAAAAAGGGACGUGUGGAAUUUUCUGGAGUGUUUUUGUGACAAGAUGAACAUCCUUCAUCUCCCAGACUGCAUGAUAGCUCAGAUAUUUGAGCACAUGCCCUACGACGAAGUGGCAAAGAAGCGUCUGGUCUGCAAGAGAAUCGAUGCUAUUUGCCAGAGAAUCCUCAAUCGUGGCUUCAUGAAGAUGAUUCGUCUCCAUGGGAUAAAUAUGAAGAAAAUAAAAUCCAAGCUGCCAAGAAGAGAGUCCGAGAGAAGGAAUCAUCCUCUGGCACGUCACUCGGACAUUCUCACAUGCAUCGAGACACGGAUAUCCAUGCUGACCAUGACUUAUGGGAAGUACAUUGAAGCCAAACUGUGCUGCUUCAUUCCCGGAAAAGUAAUUGAUGAAGUACUUCGUCUGUUGCGUCUGGUGCAGGAGACUACACUCCAGGUGCGCUCGCAUGAAAUCCUGCAGGAGCUGCGAGAUAUCUCCUCAAUGGCCAUUGAGCAUUUUGACGAGAAAAUCUGCAUGGCCCUGAAGAAAACCUUCAUCGAAACGACAAAGCAGAGACUCCCACCUGCAUCCAACUUCACGCAAAUCCUUACGGAAUCCGUCCUCGUGACUGACUUCAACAACGCCCGGCAGAGUAGUGGAUCGCAGUCGCCGCAGUGCGUGGUGAGGAAUCGUCAGGAUUGUGCUACAGCGCGCAGGAAUCGCUUGUCCAUUGCCAAGAUGCAGAGUCACUACAGCAAAGCCAUGAAUAAAGUCAAUCGACUCGUUAAUCUACAGAAUAAACAGGUGCGUCAGUUGCGUGUCUAUGCGACGGCCAUGAUGGAAAUGAAGACUCAGAUAGCCGACUUGAGGCGGCGUCUGGAUGAGUCAGAGGCCAAGAACCGCGAAAUCUCUGCCAACAUCAGUCAGAUAAAGGACACAACGGGACAAAUCCCACAAAAUACACCAAUUCGUACGGGUCACAUAAAGCCCCGAAUGGCUACCAUCAUCCUCAAGAGACGGAUCUCCGGAAACUCCACAGCAGUUCAUGAACCCGACGACGAAGGAGAGUGCUCCAAGAAACCUCGUACAGAAUGAAGAAGAAAGUUAAGGAGUUUGAUGAUCUGGAAUGGGAACGACAAGGAGGACAAUCGAUGAAGGAUGUCUCAAUCCACUGAGCUGCUCUAUUUAUUCUGCACGCUUUUUACUUAAAUUUGCGUGCGCUUCACUGGCAACUGCCACUUAAAGUAUUCGAGUAUUUAUGAACUGAUACACAAGAUUCUCCUCCCGUUCCCGUAAAACUUUAAAUCCACAAAUAAAGUAAUAUUAUAAUAAACAUUAAAUAUAAAAAUAAUAAUUUUCACUAAUCCAGUUUUCUUAUUUUCAUCGAAAUAUCGAUUUGAUAUAUUGAAUGAAAAUUUUUCGCGAUGAAUUUCAGUAGAUUAUUACCUAUGUAAUAGUAAAUAAAAUUGUAUUUUGUAAAAAAAAUAACAGGUACGACAUACUACAACUUUUGUUGGAUAUCUAAUAAAAAUUAUGUCCUUAGAAAA